GUACCAGCACCGCCCUCUGCCAUUUCCGGGCCAUCCCCCUCUGGACGAUUGCGCUGCUGAUAAUCGCAUUUGGGGCGAUUUGGUCUCGGAUCGCCGCCACGUCUCAGCAACUCUCUUCACGGCCUGUCAAGUCUCGCUCUGAGACAGCGGCGACGUUGUAGCCAGCCAGCCAGCUAGCUAGCUAGCCAAUGGCGUCCGCCGCCGGAGCUAUUACCCGUCUCGCCCGGGUCGCUGGACCUGCAGCUGUGCCAGCGAUUCUGUAUGGCGCAUACAAGCAGAACGCCGUGGCGGCAAUCGAGGCUUUCUUCACCGGACCGGGCAGAACCAGUCGAAUCGUUGCACUGGUGGUAGUAUUGUGGAAUUGGAAGAGCUUGCCGCUGGCUUGGACUUACCGAGUGAUCAAUGGCAUGAUCUCGCACCUUCUCGUCCGCAAUCUCCACACAUAUACGCCGGACAAGCUCUUCCAGCCCAUCAAGACGGAGACGCACGUCACGCUGCUCGAAGUCGACUAUAACAUCCACAAGUCGAACUCGACAUACUUCGCCGACCUCGACGUUAGCCGUACGCACUUAGUUGGCCACCUGCUUGCGCGGGGCCUGCGUGCUAUCAGCAGUAAUGCCUCGACGAAGCUUGUCAUGGACCCCUCGGACCCGUCGCGUCCGGCCAGGGGCGCCUUCGGCGUUGUCCUGGGCGGCGUGCAGUGCAGUUUCAAGAAGGAGCUCAAGCCUUACCAGCGCUACGAGAUGUGGUCGCGCAUCCUCUCCUGGGACCGCAAGUGGCUGUACAUUGUCACGCACUACGUCGACAAGGGCGCCGUAAAGUCGGGGGCGAAGCCCGAGGACUGGGAGAAGAAGAUCCACGCCUCAGCCGUGAGCAAGUACGUCUUCAAGAUCGGGCGUCUGACAGUGCAUCCGGCCGUGCUGAUCGAGGCGAGCGGCUUGCUGCCAGAACGCCCCGGCGGCUGGGUCAAAGUUGAGAACGGCCUUGGCGAGGAGCCGAACGGGGCAGCAGCUAACGGCCAUGCGGCACCAGAGUCUGCAGUGUGGGAUUGGAAGCGGACUGAAAAAGAGCGGCUAAAGGGUCUCGAAUACGCGGAACACCUCGCAUCUCUUGAUGGUCUGCUCGACCAAUUCGAACCUGGAGAGGACGGUCCUCUGGGCGUGUUCGGCCCCGGCUAACUUACGACUAAUUACUGACAGAAUCAUCUUUAUACAGCGGGCAUUUUUAGAGAUUAUGUAUACCCAUAGACGUGGCAUAGAAUUACGAUAGCUUAGACGAGGACCUCAAUUGAUAGAGUCAUAUCGCACUAGUGUACAGAAGAUCUUCAAGAUGAUGUAUGUA